AUGUUAUUUUGGGUAUUGAAAAAAUAUUUCAUUUAUUAUUGUAUUAGGCCAUCCCCAGUGACAUUCAAGGUUUCUACAUCAUCGUCCUUAUCGACAUCGACCUAUAGUUUUGGUAGUUUUGGAAGUGUUGAUAGAAUGACGGAGCUAGCUAGUCAGUAUACUAUACUUGCCGAUGACGCUCAAAUAAGCAAACCAGUAAUAGAUGAUAGACAUUAUAGAUUUUUGAAAUUAAAGGCUAAUGAUUUGAGAGUAUUGUUGAUUCAUGAUCCUCAGGCAGACAAGUCUGCAGCAGCGUUAGAUGUCAAUGUUGGUUCGUUUGCAGAUAAGCAGUACGAAAUCUUUGGUUUGGCUCAUUUUUGUGAACACUUGCUCUUUAUGGGCACUUCAAAGUACCCCAAGGAAAAUGAGUACUCAAAUUAUUUAUCAAAACAUUCAGGACAUUCAAAUGCAUAUACAUCUUCUGAACACACUAAUUAUUAUUUCCAAGUGGGGUCAAACCACUUGGAAGGCGCCUUGGACCGAUUUGCUCAGUUUUUCAUUGCUCCGUUGUUCAGUAAGAGUUGUAAAGAUCGAGAGAUUAAUGCGGUUGAUUCCGAAAACAAGAAAAACUUGCAAAGUGAUAAUUGGAGGUUGUACCAGUUGGACAAACUGAAUAGUAAUCCAAAUCAUCCAUACAAUGGGUUUUCUACAGGUAAUUACCAAACCUUGCAUGUGGAACCGGAGCUGAAAAAUAUCAAUGUUCGUGAUGCCUUGAUAAAGUUUCAUCAGGAUAAUUAUUCUUCAAAUUUAAUGAGCUUGGUGAUUUUGGGAAAGGAGGAUUUGGACACUUUAUCAGCUUGGGCGAUUGAAAAAUUCUCUUUUGUUGCAAAUAAACAAUUGCCAAGACCAAAGUAUAACGGUGAGUUGAUUUACACACCUGAACUCUUGGGUAAAUUACUCAAAGCGAAACCAGUAAAAGAAUUGAAUCAGUUGGAGCUAAGCUUUAUGAUUCCAGAUGAUUUGGAGGACAAGUGGGAUUGCAAGCCACAAAAUUAUUUCUCUCAUUUGCUUGGCCAUGAAAGUGAAGGAUCUAUUUUAUGCUAUUUGAAAACCAAAGGCUGGGUAACGGAGUUAUCAUCGGGAAACAUGAAUGUGUGUCAAGGAAACUCGGUUUAUAUGUUGGAAUUCCAAUUGACACCUACUGGUUUACAAAAUUGGGAGAAAAUUGUAGUUACAGUUUUUGAGUACCUUCAAUUUGUCGUUAAGGACGAACCAAAAAAAUGGAUUUGGGAUGAAAUCAGAAACAUUGCCGAGGUUAAUUUCAAAUUUAAGCAAAAAUCGGAAGCUUCUUCAACAGUUUCACAUUUGAGUAAUACCUUGUACAAGUUUGAUCAGUUUAUCCCACCGGAAAACAUCUUGAACUCAUCAGUUGUUCGUAGGUUUGACCCUAUAGCAAUAAAGAAGUUUGCAAGUUUUUUGAAUGUGGAUAAUUUCCGUAUUUCGUUGGUUUCGCAGGAUUUGAACAACUUGACCAAACGCGAGAAAUGGUAUGGAACAGAAUAUGAAUUUGAAAAUAUACCAGAGAGUUUGUACAAGGCAGCAAAAUCCCCCCAGGUCAAUAAGCAAUUGCACUACCCAAAACCAAAUCCUUUUAUUCCCACGAAAUUCGAUAUCCUCAAGAAAAAAGUAUCCAAGCCACAGAUCUCGCCAUAUUUGAUUACUCACGAUAACAAAAUGAACACUUGGUUUAAACAAGAUGAUCAGUUUGAAGUACCAAGAGGUACAAUAGAAGUUGUUUUCCAUUUGCCUGGUGCAAAUACUGAUAUAGUCACGUCUACAAAAUCCGCAUUAUUUGUUGAAAUGUUGAAUGACCAUUUAAACCAAAUCACUUAUUUUGCGUCCCUUGUUGGAUUGAAAGUUGGAAUUAAUAGUUGGCGCGAUGGGUUUGCUAUUGUUAUACGUGGAUAUAACGAUAAAUUGCCUGUUCUUCUUAACCAAGUGCUUGACGAAUUUUUCAAUUUCAAACCGGAAAGAAGUAGGUUUGAAUCGAUAAAGUUUAAAUUAUCUAAAGAAUAUAAAAAUUUUGGGUAUCAAGUGCCAUUUCAACAAAUUGGGUCACUUUUUUUCCAGUUGGUUAAUGAAAAAGUAUAUGGAUAUGAAGAAAGGAUUCCAGUAUUGGAAGAUAUUGAAUUUGAAGAUAUUGAGCAAUUUGCUGACAAGAGUAUAUGGAGUGAUGGAAUAUUUGCUGAGGUUUUGGUGCACGGUAAUUUUGACAUUAGAGACGCCAAUGAAAUUAAGGCUUUGAUUGCUGACCAUAUUGAUAAGAUUGAGCCAAUGAUGAGCGAGUAUGAUGAAGGGAAGUUUCACUUGCAGAAUUAUGUAUUAGAGCCAGGUGAAAAUAUUCGGUUUGAAAAAUUACUCAAGGAUGAAAACAACAUCAAUUCGUGUAUUGACUAUUAUUUGCAAAUGAGUCCCACUAAUGAUGAUGCCAGGUUAGGAGUAUUGAUUGACCUCCUUGCAACGAUUAUUCGUGAACCAUGUUUUGAUCAACUAAGAACUAAAGAACAAUUAGGCUAUGUUGUAUUUUCGGGAAUAAAGAAGGGGAGAACUUCACUAGGGUUCAGGAUUCUUGUUCAGUCAGAACGUGCUAGUGAAUAUUUGGAAUAUCGAAUUGAGGAGUUUUUGAAGAGAUUUGGCGAUUUUGUGAUGAAUGAAUUAAGCGACGAUGAUUUCAUCAAGUUCAAACAAGCAUUAAAAGAUUUGAAACUACAAAAAUUAAAGCACCUUUCUGAGGAAACUAAUCGGUUAUGGAGUUCAAUAAUUGACGGGUAUUAUGAUUUCGAUGCAAGACUGAAACAAGUUUCCAUUUUGGAGAAUAUCACCAAGGAAGAGUUUAUUAAAUUCUAUAAGGCAUAUGUAAUGGAGGACUUUGGUGGAACCGGGACUGGGACCGGGAAGUUGGUGGUGCAUUUGAAAUCGCAAGUUCUUCAUGAGCCAAGCGAGAAACGAGGUAUUCAAAGCGCUUUGAUCAAUUAUAGCUACGAUAAUGGAUACGGACACAAGAUGAGUCAUGAAGUUAUUGAAAAACUUGUAUCUCAAGAGAUUUCGAUAGAUGCAAUACUUGACAAUUUUGCUCAAUUAGUCGCUGAUGGUGAUGGUGAUACUGAUUUAACCAACUUUAAGCAAGAUUUGAAAGCCAGAAUUGAAAAUCCUACACCAAACAAGUACCCAACUGGUAAUUUGAUUCAAUCAAUAGAUGAGUUUAGAAAUGGAAGAAGAUUAGGCGGAAAGCCUCAACCGGUGGCUUCAUUAUCAAAAUUUUACUAUGAACAAUCGCAUCUAUAG